UAGAAAUAACAAUAAUCAUCAAAAAAUUUUAUUGUAAUGUUUGAACUUUUAAGUGUGUUUGAGUCUUACGCUAAGAAUUAAAAUUCCAAAUUAUUUAUUGUGACAUCGAAAAGUUUUUUAUGCAAAAAUGACCGUCAAACCAGCUGUCAUACAGUACCGGAUAUUAUUAUUAUAUUCAGCUCCCAACUUCGGAGCCACUGGCGCUACGGUACUAUUGGAGCACCAUUCUGGCCAACAGUACCGGAUAUAAAUGCUGUUCAAUUCUUAAAAAAUUUUUUAAAGGUUAUACAGGUGAUUUCCCUAUACCGUCCUAUAGAAAAUCACACAGCAUUUAUGUCCAGUAGUGUAUGUGCAUACAUGUGUAUACAUGUAUAUCGACUAUAGUUUGACUAUGUAAAACUACAUAUAUAUCCAAUUUUGACAAUAUGGGAUUAUGUUAUUCAACUAAACCAUUAAAAUUUUCGAGACACUUUUUGCUCAGUGAAAUUAUGUAUAAAGACUAAAUAAAAUCAUGAUACAAAAACAAAGUUAAAGUGAAUAUAUUGAAUGAGAAACAUUGCAUUGAAGAAUAUUGAUAACAAUAUUUUUUUCAAGUUAUUUCACUAUAAGUUUAUGAUGUUUUUUUAUUUACAAAGCAUCUAAACGUUCUAAAAUUAAUUUUAAAAAAAAAUUAUACUAUACUAUUUUCUAUAUAGUAUAUUAAUUACUGUUAAAUUAAAAUGAGUGACAAUCAAAUUGAUAGUUUUAUCAAGUGGUUAAGCACAUUUGAUUUAAAAGCUCCAUAUGCAACAAUAGAAGCUAUUAGUGAUGGUGUUGCAAUUUCAGAAGUUUUACAACAAAUUUCUCCAGAAUGGUUCACAGAUACUUGGAAAUCUAAGAUUAAAACGAAUGUUGGGUCGAAUUGGCGGUUGAGAGUUAGCAAUUUAAAAAAAAUAGUGGAAGCUGUAAUGGAAUAUUACAGCGAAUGUCUGAAUCAACCAUUAGUUAACUUUAUUAAACCUGAUGCCUCUAAAAUUGGGGAACAGUAUGACAGCAAUGAACUACGUAAAUUGUUACAAUUAGUUCUUGGCUGUGCAAUAAAUUGCAGCAAUAAACAACAAUAUAUUACUUCAAUUAUGCAAAUGGAAGAAACAGUACAACAAACGAUAAUGCAAAAUAUUCAAGAAUUGGAAGGUGAUAUGCACGGAUCUCGUAUUAGCCUUGGCGUAAGUUUAAAUUUAGAUACCACUGACACAAGUUGUGGAUCUCAUCAAAAGUUAAUAUCUGAUUUACAAUUACUAACAGAACAAAAAGAACAAUUAGAGCAAAAAUGUUAUGAUCUUAAUCAACAACUAUUAGUUACUCGUGAAGAAAAAAAUUUACUUGUUUCAGAAAAUAAAAAAUUACAAAAACGUCUUGAAGAAUCUGAAAAUACUGACGAGUCAAUUCCUAGCUUACGAUAUUCAGGAUUACGAAAGCAGAUAAAAAGUUUAAAAGAAGAAAUUUUCAAAAUUGAAACAUCAAGAGAUGAUUAUAAACUAAAAGUUGAAUUAUUAGAAAAAGAAUUUUCUGAUUUACAACUAAAAUAUGAUGAACUUCAAAAAAUAGCUGAAAAAGCUAAUGACUUAAAAGAUGAAGUAGAUGCACUCCGUGAGACAGCAGAUAAAGUAACCAAAUAUGAAUUAACAAUCGAGUCAUAUAAAAAAAAAAUGGAAGAUUUAGUAGAUCUCAGACGUCAAGUAAAAAUAUUGGAAGAUAAAAACAUUGAAUACGCUGAAUUAAAAAAAGAAUAUGAAGAAGAAAUUAAGAAAGGUUUGGUAAUAAAAAAUCACAUGGAAUUAUGUAAACAUCAAUUACUUGAAUGUCAUAAAAAAUUGGAAGAACAAGUCAGUAAUAAUGAUAAACUUGAUUUAGAAAUUAAAAAAUUACAAAUAAAAUUAAAUUUAGUAGAAAGAGAAAAAGAACGAUUAAUUGUAGAAAGAGAUACUUUGAGAGAGACAAAUGAUGAAUUAAAGUGCUCACAGUUACAGCCUAUUGAUAACGUGACAUCUUUAACUAUGCAUACUAAUUCAACUCCUGAAUUGUUAGCAAGAGACAUGAAAGACUUAUUUCAUCUGAAAAAUGAAAAUAAAGAUUUCAAGGUUGAAACACUUAAUGAUCAAGAGAAAUUAACGUCAAGACCAUUGUACUCCAAUGAUUGUGUGUCCCCGUUGUACGGAUUUCAAGAUAAAAUUAAGAAAGAAACUAAAAAUUGUGAUGACACAGAUAAUAAAAUAGAUAAAUAUAGUGAUGAUCACAAUGAUACCAAUAAUAUAGAUAAUAAUAUACGCCAGCAACUGUUAUUACAGAAUAAAGCAUUAAAAACAUGUCGAAUGGAACAAGAGCAAUUAAUUUUACAAUUAGAUGAAAAAGAAACUAUACUACAAACUCAAAAGCAAAAAAUAUCAGCUCUUCAAGAGGCACUUUCUCGAAAAGAAUCUGAAAAUAUUGUAUUAGAAGAACGAUAUAAAAAAUGCAUUGAUAAAGCGAAAAAUGUUAUAAGAAGUUUGGAUCCAAAACAAAAUAACUCAUGUGAAAUGAUGUUAUUAAGAAACCAAAUUACAGAAAAACAAAAAACAAUCGAACAAAUAAAACAGUCGUUACAAGAAUAUAAGUUAUUUCAUGAAAUGGAAGAAAGGUUAAUGAUAUCAGCUUUUUAUAAUUUAGGUUUUAAUAAUCAACGGAAAAUAAUUGAUCAGCGACUUCAUCAUUUUAAUACUGAACAAGGGAAUUUUUUAUUUCGACAGCGACAAGUUCAAUGUGAUGUGAGCAAUUCACUUUAUAAAUUUAAAUGAUAUGCUGUAAUUAUUCAUCCUUCUUUUUUAACUAUUAUGCUUUUAAUUUAAAUUUAAUCUUUAUUUUAAUUCAUUUUAUAUAUGAAUAGUCAGGAAAAUUCUUUUCUAAAAUGAAAUGUCAAUUUAAUUUAAUUUAUUCAUUUAUUCAAACAAUGUUUUUAUUACGUUCUUCAUAAAAAUUCAAUCAUUAUGAGAUAAAUUUUUUGUAAAUAUUGUUUAAAAAUUGAAAAUAUAUUACUAUUUAACUUUAAAUUGAUAAAAUUUUUGUGUAAUAAAUCUAAUACGAAUUACACAAAUGAUAAAGCAAUAAUAAAAGUCGUGUACGAAGCAUCUAAUCUGAGUAUUAUUGAAAUAAUAGGAAGCAUGUGCUAUUUCAACCCAUUCUAGAAUAUCUACUUGCAUGAUUAUUGUUAUACUUAUUACAUUCAAAUCUCUGUAAUAUAUGUAAUAAACAUUAAUAAUAUAACA